UUUUCAUUGGCGUCUUAUGAUCGCGUCACUUUGUUUGGCUCGCUCUAUUGUACCAGUUAUGUGCCGAUGUUGACUACUUUCCCACCGUUGGCACUGGCUGACUCUCUCCACGCUCUCAAAUCGACCAGAAUAAAAUAUUUCCUGUUAAGACGACGUAAUAGAGAAAGACAUGGCAUUAGCCUACCUUUUGUAUCGUUUGCUGUGUCACCUCCCCUUUGCUCCUUGGGCGCGCCGAUGAAAAUGCCACCGACAUUGUUAUAUAAGGAAACGGUAAGAAACGCUCCUUUUAUUCUAAUAUUUUGCCUAUUAUCUUGCGUGCAGUAUAACAUAGUUAGGUUUUCCAUGUUCAGAAAAUAAUAGGGGUGUGUGAAUCCCUGGAUUGCUCCGAAAUGAAAAUACAUUAUAAGUACACCACUAUUUCCCUGCAAAUUGAUACUACAUUUGAUUAUGUUAUUAAGAUUGAUGGUUGAUCAGAAUUCCAUCAUGUCUAUGAAAAUAUCGUAUUUUUCGAGACUCACUCAGUAAUGUGUUGGUAUAACCCAUUCAGUCAGCUAUAGGCUACAGUAUAAUUUCUCACAGUAGUAGGGGUGUUCUUUGAUUCACGACAUCCAAUGCGCUCGCUCUCCAACGUAAACCAACGAUGGCCGCAAUAAAUCAAGGCUGUUGCACACUAAAGUCCGGAUGAGGCGCUGUGUUCAAUUUGAAUGUGCUGUUUCAUUCAAGUCUGAUCACUUUCGCUUUUGUUAAAGAGCGAGGGCCAGUCGAGGAGACACAGAAAUCGGCUUUUCUUUACAGGUAAAUUGCUUGGAAGAUGAGCUACGAUCGUGCAAUCACAGUGUUCUCACCUGAUGGCCACUUAUUCCAGGUGGAAUACGCACAGGAGGCGGUCAAAAAAGGUUCAACCGCUGUUGGAGUGCGAGGAAAAAACGUCGUUGUGCUAGGAGUGGAGAAGAAAACUGUCGCCAAGCUCCAAGAUGACAGAACAGUGCGCAAAAUCUGUGCCUUGGAUGACAACGUCUUCAUGGCCUUUGCAGGGUUGACGGCAGAUGCCAGGAUCGUUGUUAACAGGGCUAGGGUGGAGUGUCAGAGUCACAGGCUUACAGUGGAAGAUCCUGUGACUGUGGAGUACAUCACACGCUUCAUUUCCAGCAUCAAACAGCGCUACACCCAAAGCAGUGGGCGAAGGCCCUUUGGCAUCUCCUCCCUCAUUGUGGGGUUUGAUUUUGAUGGAACACCCCAUCUGUACCAAACUGACCCUUCAGGAACAUAUCAUGCUUGGAAGGCAAAUGCCAUUGGAAGAUCUGCCAAGACUGUACGUGAGUUUCUAGAGAAGAACUAUAAAGAGGAGCAUAUGGAAUCCGAUACAGACACCAUUAAACUGGCCAUCAGAGCUUUACUUGAGGUUGUCCAGUCAGGUGGAAAGAACAUUGAGCUGGCCAUUAUGAAGCGGGAUGAAUCAAUGAAGAUUCUGGUCCAAGAGGAAAUUGAGGAAUAUGUCACGGCUAUUGAAAAGGAAAAAGAAGAAAACAUGAACAUUUUCUGAAUGAAGUUCAUGACCAAACAUGCCUUCAUCCAUCUUCAAUAUUGCAUCAGGAUUCUCAUUGUUUACAUUAAUUAUCUCAUCGUUUCUCGAUCCAAAGCUGGAGGGACUCCUAAGGAGUGCAUAUUUUUGUUCUAGCACACUUCUUUUGACUAGUCACCGGGCUCUUCUUUGGCUGAAUCGGGGUGGCUAUGGUAGUGCUGGGAGAGACUCUUCUGGGUGCCGAGACUAGUGUUGGGCUAAAACAAAACUACUCCUAUCCUGGGAGUCCCAAUUUAAAUGGAUUGAGAAACACUGCUGCCCUAAUCGACCAUAUGAAAACUUAAGACUUUGCCUUAUUCUUGCAAUGAAUAAAUAUCUGUAUUUAAACUACAA